UUUUCAUCCACCACGUUACGUACCAUACCUCAUUUUGCUCAAUAUUUAUUGAGUGGUGCUUAUUAUGGAAACUGUGACUUCAAUGUGCAGUUUGUGCAUGUGAAAGCUUGUACAAUAGGAACUGAUUUAGUGAUUUUUACCCUUAUUUAUUUGCAUCCACCCACUCCAUCUCUCUAGACUCUUGACUCUUACUCUCCGAAUUCAGUACCAUCUCUCUCUCUCUCUACAAGGCUUCAAUGGCUUCCACCACCAAAGAAGUAGCCACUGAGCUUCUUCCCCUCAUCCGGGUCUACACUGACGGCUCGGUGGAACGCUUGUUUGGUUCACCGAUUGUCCCACCAUCACCUGAUCAAGACCCAGAAACCGGAGUCUCAUCCAAAGACAUUACCAUCUCAGAGAACCCCUCAAUCUCAGCCCGCCUCUACCUCCCAAAACUCACUCCCCAUAACCAAAACCAAAAGCUCCCCAUCUUGGUCUACUUCCAUGGCGGUGCCUUCUGCGUCGAAUCAGCCUUCUCCCUCUCCUCCCAUCGCUACCUCAACAGCAUUGUCUCCGAAGCCAAUGUUGUAGCCAUCUCUGUCGAGUACAGACUUGCACCAGAGCACCCUCUUCCAGCUUGUUACGAAGACUGCUGGGCUGCACUUCAAUGGGUUGCCUCUCACUCAGCUGGUAACGGUAAAGAACCAUGGCUAAUCAAUCAUGGUGAUUUCGAAAGAAUUUAUAUAGGGGGUGACAGUUCUGGAGCCAAUACAGCACAUAACUUGGCCCUGCGAGCUGGGACUGAGAGCUUGCCCGGUGGUGUUAAAAUUUUUGGUGCUUUUCUUUCUCAGCCUUACUUUUGGGGUUCGAAGCCAAUUGGAUCAGAGUCUAAGGAAGGACAUGAGAAGAGCUUGACUUCUUUAAUUUGGAGCUUAGUGUAUCCCUCGGCAACUGGAGGCAUUGACAGUCCACUGAUCAAUCCAUUGGGGCCUGGUGCGCCAAGCUUGGCUGGACUUGCUUGUGAUAAGUUGCUUGUGUGUGUGGCUGAGAAGGAUAUGCUGAGGGAAAGAGGUGUUUGGUAUUGUGAUGAAAUGAAGAAGUGUGGGUGGAAAGGGGAAGUAGAAUUGUUUGAAGUGAAGGGAGAAGAUCAUGCUUUCCACUUCUUCAAUGUUGAGGCUGAGAAUGCUAAGGCUAUGAUCAAACGCUUGGCUUCUUUUCUCAAGUAAAUCUGUUCCAUCAUCAGAUUACUAGCCAUAAGGAAUAUGCUUGGGACUGUAAUAGUAGAUAUUGAAGCAUCUAUGAAUGCUUCAUGAGUCUUGAUUAUGCUUCAUGAAUCUUUUCCAACUUUUUUCCUUCAGUUGUUCCAGUUUAAUUAUGCGGUUUGAUUGAUCUUUGUGUCAAAUAUCGUUGGUAGUAAAGUUAGUUUCUUUCGAAGGGAUCUGAAUUCUAAUAUAUAAGUUAGCUCUUUGUUUUUUU